UGACGGGAGCCACGUCUUUGCUGGCGGACGACUGAGCCGGGAUUGGUGUCCGGGCGGCGAUCCGGGGCUGCUGGGAAGAUGGCGGACUCGGGGGCCCGCCGAUGAGGAGGCCGCCCGGGGAGCCCGGCUCCCGGGCCCCGAGACCGACUGAGGGAGCGACCUGCGCGGGGCCUGGGGAGUCAUGUAGGGGCGGCGCCUGCGGGGCGGACGCGGGAGGGCGGCGGGAGUUGGUGUUGGCGACAGUGACGACCGUCUCCUGGCGCCCCCGGGCCGGGUGGGUGUGGGGGCCCCUGACACCGCCGACUCCGCGCCGCCGCAAAGCCGCGCUCUCAGCCCCACGGGCGCUCUGCGAGGUGGGCGCCGCGUGCUCGUUUCACGGGCGAGGAGGCUUGGGCGGAGAGACGAAGCCACUUGUCCAAGGUCACGCAGCUGGGUCUCCAUCACCCAACUCCAUGCUUCGAGUCCUGCUCUCUGCCCAGGCCUCUGCUGCUCGGCUGUCUGGCCUGCUGCUGCUCCCACCAGUACAGCCCUGCUAUCUGGGGCCCAGCAAGUGGGGGGACCGGCCUGCUGGAGGAGGCCCCCAUGCAGGCCCUGUGCAGGGGCUGCAGCGGCUUCUGGAACAGGCGAGAAGUCCAGGGGAGCUGCUGCGCUGGCUGGGCCAGAACCCUACCAAAGUGCGUGCCCACCACUACCCUGUGGCACUCCGUCGUCUGGGCCAGCUCUUGGGGUCUCGGCCACGGCCCCCUCCCGUGGAGCAGGCCACCCUGCAGGACUUGAGUCAGCUCAUCAUCCGAAACUGCCCCUCCUUUGACAUUCACACCAUCCACGUGUGUCUGCACCUUGCAGUCUUACUUGGCUUCCCGUCAGAUGGGCCCCUGGUGUGUGCCCUGGAGCGGGAGCGAAGGUUCCGCCUCCCUCCGAAGCCGCCUCCCCCUCUGCAACCUGUCCUUCAUGGUGGGCAAAGGUUGGAAGCUGCUCUGAGCUGCCCCCGUUUCCUGCGGUAUCCACGGCAGCACCUCAUCCGCAGCCUGGCAGAGGCCGGGCCAGAGGAACUGACCCCGCACGUGAUGGUGCUACUGGCCCAGCACCUGGCCCGGCACCGGUUGCGGGAGCCCCAGCUUCUGGAAGCCAUUGCCCACUUCCUGGUGGUCCAGGAAGCCCAGCUCAACAGCAAGGUGGUACAGAAGUUGGUCCUGCCCUUUGGGCGGCUGAACUACUUGCCCCUGGAGCAGCAGUUUAUGCCCUGCCUUGAGAGGAUCCUGGCUCGGGAAGCCGGGGUGGCCCCCCUGGCCACGGUCAACAUCUUAAUGUCCCUGUGUCAGCUGCGGUGCCUACCCUUCCGAGUCCUGCACUUUGUCUUUUCCCCGAGUUUCAUCAACCACGUCAGUGGCACCCCUCACGCCCUGAUUGUGCGGCGCUACCUCUCCCUGCUGGACACGGCCGUGGAGCUGGAGCUCCCAGGAUACCAGGGUCCCCGCCUUCCCCGAAGGCAGCAAGUGCCCAUCUUCCCCCAGCCGCUCAUCACUGACCGUGCCCGCUCCAAGUACAGUCACAAGGACAUAGUUGCUGAGGGGCUGCGCCAGCUGCUGGGGGAGGAGAAAUACCGCCAGGACCUGACUGUGCCUCCUGGCUACUGCACAGACUUCCUGCUGUGUGUCAGCAGCUCUGGUGCUGUGCUUCCUGUAAGGACCCAGGACCCCUUCCUACCAUAUCCUCCCAGGUCCUGUCCACGGGGCCAGGCUGCCUCUCAGCCCACUACCCACGACCCUGCCCAAAGGGUGGUGCUGAUGCUGCGGGAACGCUGGCAUUUCUGCCGGGAUGGCAGAGUGCUGCUGGGCUCCCGGGCUCUGCGGGAGCGGCACCUGGGCCUGAUGGGCUACCAGCUCCUGCCGCUACCCUUCGAGGAACUGGAGUCACAGAGAGGCCUGCCGCAGCUCAAGAGCUACCUGAGGCAGAAGCUCCAGGCCUUGGGACUCCGCUGGGGGCCCGAAGGGGGGUGAGGGGGUGCACACGGGUUCAUGAUGGCCCCCCUAUGGGGGGUGGACAAUUUGCACUUUGGUUCCCUCUGUUUUGGUUUCUCAUUAAAGUCCCUUCCCUUCCCCA